UGGCUCAGGUAGCCGCGUUGAGCUGUGUUCAGUUGAAGUCAGCGAGCAGCGCCUUGCGAAUCGAGUCUGCUUCACUUAAGCAGCUUGACCUCCAACCACCGGAGCUCGUCACACAGGAGCCGAGGGAAAGGACAAUAUCUCCUGCUCAAAGAUCGAACAGAAGCGACUCGAACUUCCACAGAUCCAAAGGCAAGAAAGAAAUCGCGCCAGUUAGAGAGAGGGGAUUGAAAUUCACACAAAAAAAGUUGCUGUAAACUCCUACGAAAGUUUGCAGAAGUUUCCAACCUCAGCUAUGAGUGCACGUCAGUGUUAAACCCGGACCCGGCUGCAAGUGACCGUAAACCAAACGCAAUUAUUUCAGUGUUGGAUGAGUUACUUUGUCGAACUAAGGGGUACUUGUGUGCAGCAAAAGAACCCGUUAGUGGUAACAGGGAACUCGGAAAGAAACACAAGCGAUCGCAACUCGGUAGACUGGGAGUAAGGGUUGAAUCUGUACGCUGUCUUUAGACAAGGCUGCUUAGAACAAAACAAAGCCGAAUCGGUGAGAAAAUCGUGAGCGCCCUGCGAGCUUUUCCAAGUAAGUUCACGUUUUUUUUCUGCAAUUCAUGUGGACAGCUGACCGUGAAAUGGCUGGACCGCGGUGCAACCAAACCAGGCUCUGACGUAGACUGAAACGGUGCCGAACAGAUGAAGUGACACUCGAUUUGAGAAGGAACUAGCACUGCUCCUCAUUUACCAAAAGGAAGGUACGGUAUUAAUCAAAAUUUAAAAUCUCAGAUUCAGUGCUCGAAAACCCAAAAAGUAACGUGUCAUAAGGCAGGGGUAGGAUAAAAAGGACUCCAGGACGGAAAGUGACAAAUCUGGAGAGAGAGAAAACCAGCCAGAGUAGGAAGGGACAGAGAUUGGCCGAAUGCGUGUGAGUGGGAAGUAAGUGAGUGGAAGUACUGGCGGAGGAGCGUCGAUCUCUCUGGGCUGGUGUUGCUCUGGAGUUAUGGCUCCCAACCUGAAAGAGCUUCAAUAACAGGUGCAACAUGCUCACACAAGCCAGCUUCAGUCCUCGCACUGACUUGGAAUCCUGAGAACCAACUCCGUGGGCAUUUUCAUCCUUAACAGCUUUAUUGCCAUCCAAUACACUGCUUUUCAAGAAAAGAAUUCCGAUUGGUUUAAAGAGCCUGAAAAUUUACCAGUAACUCGGAGCUGGAAAUGCAGAGUGCGGUGGCGGUGCGAUUACUGGCCCAGGGAGCGCUCCAUGCAGGGUUCACCCCGGCCGGUCUCACCAUGACUGGGCUUCGCCUUCUGUUGGCUGCCGCUUUACUAUCCAGUUUUUCCCAGAGUCUGGUUCAGGCAAACUCCUGGUGGUCUUUGGCUAUGAACCCAAUUCAACGGCCUGAGAUGUAUAUAAUUGGCGCCCAGCCUCUCUGCAGUCAACUGAACGGCCUGUCGCAGGGGCAGAGGAAAUUAUGCCAGUUGUACCAGGAUCAUAUGGUUUAUAUUGGAGAAGGGGCAAAAACAGGCAUCAGAGAAUGCCAGUACCAGUUCAGACAGAGGCGAUGGAACUGCAGCACCGUAGAUAACACCUCCGUGUUUGGAAGAGUAAUGCAGAUAGGGAGUCGGGAGACUGCUUUCACUUAUUCAAUAUCAGCAGCAGGAGUUGUGAAUGCCAUAAGUCGAGCGUGCCGCGAAGGGGAGCUCUCAACCUGUGGUUGCAGUCGUGCUGCCAGACCCAAAGAUCUUCCCCGAGAUUGGCUGUGGGGUGGCUGUGGAGACAAUGCAGAAUAUGGCUAUAGGUUUGCCAAAGAAUUUGUGGAUGCCAGAGAGAGGGAGAAAAAUUACCGCAAAGGUUCAGAAGAUCAUGCCAGGAUGUUAAUGAACCUACAAAACAAUGAAGCUGGCAGGAGGGCUGUGUAUAAUCUGGCAGAUGUGGCCUGCAAGUGCCAUGGUGUUUCCGGCUCCUGCAGCUUAAAGACGUGUUGGCUUCAAUUAGCUGAUUUCCGGAAGGUGGGUGAUCUGCUCAAGGAAAAGUAUGACAGUGCAGCUGCCAUGAAAAUCAACCGUAAAGGGAGGCUGGAACUGGUAAACAGUCGCUUCAAUCCUCCCACUGCAGAUGAUCUUGUUUAUCUUGACCAAAGCCCUGACUAUUGUGUGAAGAAUGAGACCACGGGCUCACUAGGCACUACAGGCCGCCUGUGUAACAAGACUUCAGAGGGAAUGGAUGGCUGUGAGCUAAUGUGUUGUGGACGGGGUUAUGACCAGUUCAAGACUAUGCAAGUCGAAAGAUGCUAUUGUAAAUUCCAUUGGUGCUGUUAUGUCAAAUGCAAAAAGUGCACCCAAAUAGUUGAUCAAUUUGUUUGCAAAUAAUUUAAGUAAAAAGGCCUUCUGAUCUAAUGAGUGCCCGGAAAGUCUACACUUGUCCAAAGCACUACUGCUAAUAUGGUGAAUGUAUGUGUCCUCAGACUUCAGAAGAGAAACAGAAUCACUUACCAGAUAAAAUGAACAGCUUUAUAAUCACUUAAUAUAUAUUAUAUAUAUAUAUAAAAUUAACUGGAUCUAGUUACUGCACUCUGCUUUUGGCCUCUUGGGCUCUCCUUGUACAAUGUAAAUGAGUGUAGCAUUAAUGACCAAGUCUUGUCUGCUGACUAUUUAUUGAAGAUGAGGUCACAAAAUUUUGCAUUCUGACCUAAUUUAAUUCAGUUUUCAAAGCCAGCUUCUGUCUUCAGCAUUUUUACCAGCUAUUUCACUACAGUACCACAUCUGUUGUAAAUAACACCGAUAGCGGGGACUGCUCACAAACAAGGAACCCUGCAAGUGAACCUAAAGUGAGAGGAAAGAGAUCCUGUGGGUAUCGGUUUACCUUAAUUCAUUUUAAGUUACCUAAUAAUUUUCUCUUUCAAAUAGCUGUAAGUGUAUUUUGUGUUUUGCAACCUAAUAACCUGCACUGUUGUUCUGCAAAAUUUAUUAUCCAUCUUGGCAAGGUACUUUUAACUUACAUUCUGCACAAAUGUGUAUAUAUGCUUGUACUUAAAAUAUGUGCCAGAAUGAAAAUAGGCAUGCAACUACAUUUAUACUGCAACUUUGAUUUGUGCAAAGAUACAUAUUUUAAGAUUAAAUAUCUUUUGGUUGCAUAGAAUGUUAUAAAUAUUAUUUCUCUCUAAUAAUAGUUAAAAUUUAAAAGUGGAAACACAGAUUUAAAAUAAAAUGUGGGGAUUGGGAAUGUGCAUACUACAUCUGUGGGAAUUAAAACCAAAUGAAAAACCAUAUUCAAUAAAAAAAAAUUCUUAGAAAGCUAAAAUUCAAAUGAUGAGUGUCCUAAAACAACAGAACCAUCUUUUCAUAUGUCUUUAUCUGUUGACUUUGAAUGAGACUUGAAUUUAUUAGUUUUUGUUUUCCUGAACAGAUAAGGAUGUAAAUUCUGAAAGUAUCAAUGAGAAUCUGUUCAUACCAAACUCAUAGAGCCAAAGAGCAGGAGUAAGUCAUCUUUGAGUCUGCUCUGUCAUUCAGUACUAUUACCCUAAUGUCAUUUUGCUGUUUGCUCUUCAUACCCCCAAAUGCUUUUGUGCCACCCUUUUCUCCUCCUUAAAUAUAUUAAGCAACUUUGCCUUCUAUGGUAGAGAUUUACACAGGUUCUCCAUCCCUUGAAUGAAAACAUUUCUCUUUAUAUCAACCCUAACUGUUACACUUCAAUCCUGAGACUUGCACCCCACUUGACAGGGACAGGAAAACAUCCUGCAUCUAAUUAUUCGACCCAAUCUCUCCUCUUAAAACAUUCCAAGAACGAAUCUGAUUAGCUUUUCUCAAUAGCAUGUGUACCCUUUCUUACUGUGGGAGAUCAAAAUGGCACACAAUACUGCAGGUAUGCUCAUUAAGGUCCUGUAUAGUUGUAGUAAAGCAACUUUGCCUCUGUAUGCAACACCUUUGUCUUAUCUGCUUGUUUUACCUGCGUGUUAGCAUUUAGUGACCAAUCUACAUGGACACCUUUGUACAUCAGCAUAUCUCAGACUAUCACUAUUUAAAUACUACUCUGUUUUCUAUUUUUCCUACAGAAGCUUGAGCCUUGGGUCUAAAUCCCAUCCAGUUUAAUGUUAUUGGCAAUCUUAGAAACAUUACAUAUUACAAAUAAUUCAAUGUGUAUUGCAGAUAGCUGGGGUCCAGGUAUGGAUCCCAGUGGGUAAUGCUCUGCCACCAUGGGAAAGAAUCAUUUAAUUCCUGCUCUGUUUCUUGAGUGUCAAGUAACAUUUUAUGUACAAGUUUAUCAGUGGCCUUCUAAAAAUCCAAAUACACCACGUUGUCUGGUUUUCCCUUAUCCUCCUGCUCAAAAACUCCAGUAAAUUUGUCAAUCACAAUUUCCUUUUCAUAAAUCAAAGUGAUCUAAUCCCAUUGUUAAUUUGCAAGAGUCAAUUAUGAUAUCCCUUAUAAGUGCCUUUUGCAUUUUCUCUCACUGCUGAUAUUAGGUCAGCCUUCAAUUUGUAGGAACUAUUUCUCAAUAUAUUGAAUUAUGAAAGACAAUAACCAAUAUAUCCAUUGUUUCUAUGGCUAUUUCUUUUAAGUACUCCAGAUUGCACCUGUGCACUUAUGGGCUUAACUUCCAGCACCUACCCCCGCCCUGUAUUAUUAACUCCCUUCACUCUUCCUUAUAUAGUGGGUGGAAUAUUUGUGACAUCGAGCAGCCACACACCUAUGUGCUAAUGCACUAUCUGCAAAAAGUUUGAAAUUGGGUGAAAGAAUGGAAGAACUGUUCAGCAUUUGUGGAAGUUGAUUGAAGAAGUCUUUUUGCAAUUUAAUUGUUUACAUUUUAUUAGAAUGAUUAGGUUUUACUAUUUAAUAUUUUUUUAACCUCGCAUAUCUGCAUUUCAUUUCAAUGCAAAAAACAAACAAGCCAUUCACUUGUGUCACUGUCUGGAUUGAAGAAUAAAAAUUGUUAAUGAUACUUUUUAAAUCACACAGGUGUGGUAGCUAUAAAUUAUUUAACAAAGUCUAAUUAGAUAACAACACUCUCUUCAUGGCGUUCUUACCUCAAACAACUUUAAUAAAGAUUUUUGGAGAAUUCUUUAUAUUCUUGGUUAUUUUAGUUAAUAUUUGAUAGUUUGGCAUUGUAGAAUAUUGAAUAUAUCAUGUUAAUUUGUUACUUCAUUCCUACUGUUCAUUGCUCCACCCACUAAAAUAAGCUUUUUUUUUGUAACAAAGUUUACAUCCUCUAGCUUUUAAAAUACAAAACAUGCAUUACAAUAAUUAAAUAAUUAGACAGAUUACCCAUCAUAAUUCUGAACAGAGUGGGCAACCCAGGAGUUUUGAAUUAACUUGGUUUUGAAUCCAACUAAAACUAAUGGAAAAGUAAAUCGUAUGACUUACUUGAGACAGGUUGAGAAAUAUUUUGCCAAUUUAUUAUUUUUUAUAACCAAUUAGAAUAUCGUUCUUGAGAAGCCAUAACCAUUAUGUAACCAUUAGGGACAUAGGAAUGUUAAGAAAUGUCAAAACUGAUGUUCUCUUAAACUUUGGGUUGUAGCAGAUUGCAACAACCAAACCACAUGCUGCAAGGCCAAACCAGUUUAGGUUUGCACUGUUGGUAAUUAUUCUUGGAUUUGCAAUCUCAUCAUACUUGGUUUAGAGACAACAAAAGUAGACUGCAAUAAGAGAAAGCUGAGAGCAACAAUAAUGGCGAGGCAAGGGACGGGCCAGUUCAGAUCUCUGUUCUGUGCUGAGCUACGCUGACCUAUGGGACUUCAGUUCAGAAUGCCAUUUGUUUGUGGUUACUGUAUCCAUGACGUGUUUUUUUUCUCUGCACAUUGGGUAUUUUACAUUCUUUUUUUAUGGGUUCUUUUUAUGGGCAUGACGUGUUUUUAUUCUCUGCACAUUGGGUGUUUGACGGUGUUUUUUUAACACAUGGGUUCCCUUGGGUUUCUUCGUGUCAUGGCUGCCUGUUAGGAGUCGAGUCUCAAGGUUGUAUAAGGUAUAUGUACUUUAAUAAUAAAUGUACUUUGAACUUUGAAUGGGGUCAGUGAGGAAAUAACAGUGGGAGUUCGUAAGCAAUACUGUAAUGAACAGCCACAGGUAACAUUUCCUAAAUAGAGGCCUUAUUGGUAGUCUGUACUUUUUUCUAAUGUUGGUUUGUACAGUCUUACUUUGUUCUUAUAACAUUUAACAACAGCAACUCAAAUAGUAUGACACAAAAAUUAAAGUUCAAAGGUUCAAAGUAAAUUUAUUAUCAAAGUACAUAUAUGUCACCAUAUCGGACUCUGAGAUACAUUUUCUGGCAAACAUACUCAAUAAAUGUAUAGAAUGAUAACCAUAACAGAAUCCGUGAAAUACCACAGCAACUAGGUGUUAAACCAGAGUGCAAAAGAUAAACUCUGCAAAUACAAAAAGAAAUAAUAAUAAAUAAAUAAGCAAUAAAUAUCAAGAACUUGGGAUGAAUGCUUGAAAGUGAAUCUAUUGGUUGUAGGAACGUUAUAAUAAUAGGGCAAAUGAAGUUGAGUGAAGUUCAGAAUCAGGCUUAUAUCAUUGGUAUGUGAUGUGAAAUUUGUUAACUUAACAGCAGCAGUUCAAUGCAAUACAUAAUCUAGCAGAGAGAGAAAAAAAUAAAAUAAAACAUAAUAAACAAAUAAAUCAAUUAUGUAUAUUGAAUAGAUUAAUAAAAAAUGUGCAAGAACAGAAAUACUAUAUAUUAAAAAAUGGAGGUAGUGUCCAAAGCUUCAAUGUCCAUUUAGGAAUUGGAUGGCAGAGGGGAAGAAGCUGUUCCUGAAUCACUGAGUGUGUGCCUUCAGGCUUCUGUACCUCCUACCUGAUGGUAACAGUGUGAAAAGGGCAUGCCCUGGGAGCUGGAGGUCCUUAAUAAUGGACGCUGCCUUUCUGAGGCACCGCUCCCUGAAGAUGUCCUGGGUAGGCUAGUACCCAAGAUGGAGCUGACUAGAUUUAUAACCUUCUGCAGCUUCUUUCAGUCCUGUGUAGUAGCCCCUCCAUACCAGACAGUGAUGCAGUCUGUCAGAAUGCUCUCCAUGGUACAACUAUAAAGAUUUUGAGCAUAUUUGUUGACAUGCCAAAUCGCUUCAAACUCCUAAUAAAGUAUAGCCACUGUCUUGCCUUCUUUAUAACUACAUCAAUAUGUUGGGACCAGGUCUAGGAGCUUAUUGAUUAGUUUUGAGGGGAUGAUGGUGUUGAAUGCUGAGCUCUAGUUGAUAAGGAGCAUUCUGAUGUAUGCAUCUUUACUGUCCAGAUGUUCCUGGGUUGAGUGAAGAGCCAAAGAGAUGGCAUCUGCUGUGACCUGCCACUCUGUCAGGCAAAUUGGAAUGGAUCUAAGUUACUUCUCAGGCAGGUUCAUCACCAACAUCUCAAAGCACCUCAUCACUUUGGAUGCUGGAUGAUAGUCAUUAAGACAGGAUUCUUCUUGGGCACCAGUAUAAUUGAAGCUUGCUUGAAGCAAGUGGGCAUUUCAGACUGCUGAAGUGAGAGAAUAAAGAUCUCAGAGAACACUUCAGCCACUUGAUCAGCACAGGUCCUUAGUAUUUGGCCAGGUACCCUGAUUGGCUAGAUGCUUUUUGUAGAUUCACCCUCCUGAAAGCUGCUCGCAUAUUGGCCUCAGAGACUGAAAUCAUAGGAUCAUAAAGAAAUAAAAUUACUUUAUGUUGGGAAAAAUAGUAGAGAAUUGAAUUCAAGCCUUUAACCUAACACGGAUUGAUUAGUAAAAAGAUUGUAAUUGUUUAAUAUUCAGCUGAGAGUGGACAUAUGUGAUUUGUGUCUAGGGAGAACUUCUAUUGGCAUGUGGAGCAAAACCUUUUGUUAGAUACAACUUUGCUGUUGUAUUAACAAUUUCGUCCUUUUGGCAUGAGGCAUGAGGCAUCUUGGACUCCAGUAGUUUAAUCUGGAUCAGUUACCUUCCAGACAGAAGGCCCUGCCCCAGUCUCCAAACCAUCCCCUGACAAUCAGAAAAGCCCCGCUACCAGUUUGCCAGCUAGAAGGCUACAUUGGUUUUUAUUAUGAGUUUUAACACUCAUAAUAUCUUUUUAAAAUUUAAGUAAAUAGUUAAUAAAAUUACAAAUUGUCAAAGCAUUUUCAAACAAGUACUAAUUACACCUUAAAAUUAAUGUAAUUUUCUAAUAACAAUAACUUCCGUGUUUUCUCCUAAACCUAAUUCUUUACAAUCCCCACUGAAAACAAAUGUGUUCCCAUAUUCACGACACACCUCCCUAGCGUAAUACAAAAGAAUCUCAGCAGGCUAGCUUUUCCAUUAACGUAUUGGAAUCCAGUUCAUUUCCGAAAAGAUAGGUUUGACCUUCUCAAUUAAACAUUUGAUAUAUACAUUGAAGCCAGUGCUUACUGCUAUUUACAGGUUAAACACUGCAGGUUCUCUUUGUCACUGCUCGAGUCAGCUAGUGAGUUCCAGUGCAAUAAAAAUAAAUGUUGUUUGGAAAUUUAUUGAAUGACUGUUAAUGUGGCUUUUGCAAAACUAUUUGUGAGAGACGUCUGUAGAAUUAAUAUACUAUAAUUUUCAAAUAUUUAAUUUCUUACCAUAUAAUGUUUGAUUAGUUGACAAGUUGAACAGUGACCUGUUUAUUUAUUGGGUAGAUUAGUAUAAAUUGAUAGAAAAUAGUGCAAUCACACCUUAUUCAUCUUUACAUUGCUAAAAUAAAGUAUAUACUGUAGCUCUGGUCACAAAGUUAGAUGCAAUAACAUUUUGGAGAUUUUGGAAAAGAUUGACAAGGAUGAUGCUCAGUCCAGCAAAAUGCAAUUAUGAAGAAGAUUGGUUAGACUGGGUUGUUUUCUGGAAUAGGGGAGGUUGAAGGAUACUUCGAGAAGUAUAAAUGUAUAUGGAACUUGUGUAUUGGGAGGCACAAUGACACCGCUCAUAGAGUUGCUGCUUCACAAUCCUUUGGCCUGGGUUUAGAUCUGACCUCAAUGAUACCUGUGGAGAAUUUGCAUGUUUGCCUUUUAACAGCACAGACUUUUUCAGUGCAAUCCAUUUCCUUCCCACACCAAGGACAUGUGCACUAGACACUAAAUGAUGUGUGGUGUGGGUAAACAGAAGUAUUUGGGGCAAUUUGAUGGGAAUAUGGAAAGAACGAGAUAGGUGUAUAGUUGGUACUUGAUGGCUGGUGCGAACUUGGUGAGAAAAAGGGUUGGCUCUAUACCCCAGUUUUAUGGUUUCAACAUUCAGAUACCUUUUUCUUUCCAAUUGAAUUAUUUGUCUACAUUAAACAUGCAAGAAAACUGUACUUACCACACUUUUGAAAUUCAGUUCUAUGGAGCUCAAAAUAAAUAAACUACUGUACUGCAUGUUUAGCAUGUGUAAUACCAACGGUAUAAGAUAACGUAUCUGUGUAACAUACCUGUAACACUUGUUCCUUCGCUGUUGCUGUUAAACAAUUGAUUAGCUUUUGCUAGUUUUCUACUCUUCAAAUAGGUGACUUCUUAACAGCUAGUUGUUAAAUUCUACAGCAUUGAUUUCACUCCUUCAGAAUGACAUCUAUCUGCAUAAUUUAGCAGAAGCUUCAGUGUAAACUAAUCCCCCAGAAUCUGUCUCCACAAACAAACUCCCCCUCUGCAGCUUUUUCAACAACUCAGUAAAAUGUAUGAAGUGAAUCUAGUAAGAAGUUGGUAAGUACAAGUUGCCGUGGUGUAUUGAAGUCAACCUCCUUAUCAUCAUUCCACCUCCCCCACAGUACAUAUCAUCAAAACCAUAGGUAAUCUGAUAACUGGAAUAAGGCCCUGAGAAAGAGGAACAAAAGUAAACCAUUCAUCUCAUCAAGUCUGCUCCAUUUAAACAUGGUUGAUAUUUUUGUUCACCACUUUUCUCUGGCCUUCUCCUCAUAAUCAAAAAUGCCCUUACUUAUAAAUAACCUGUCAAUUUCUGCCCUAAAUAAACAUAAUGGCUUGGCCUCCACAGCCCUCUAUGGUAAUAAAUACCACAAAUUCAGCACCCUCUGAAGAAAUUCCUCUGAAUUUUAGUUCUAAAGGGACGCCUGUAAGUUCUGAGUCUGUGGCUCAGAACCCAGACUUUUCCACUGACAUCCUCUCCACUCUCCACUAGAUAUUUCAGUGUUCUGUAGGUUUCAGUGAAGUCCACCCCAUCUCCUUAUCCUUCUGAACUGAAUUCCAUUGAAUACGUGCCCAGAGGUAUCAAAUGAAAGAGAGUGCUAGUGUUGGCCAAUGAUGUGAAAUCCCAUUAACAUUUAGUUACUUAAGUUUCUCAUUUUUACUUAUCCCUUAAUUUUCUAAUAUAUCUGGCAAGUUUUGUACACCUUGCUCUUUGAAAACACACAAAUUAUUUGGUUAAUUCUUCUGUUUAUUUAUUUUAUUUAGAGAUACAGCUUGGUAACAGGCCCUCCACCUAAUGAGCCCAAUUCCACCUACUUGUCCAAUUAAGCUACUAACCUGUACGUCUUUGGAAUGUGGGAGAAAACUGGAGCACCUGGAGAAAACACACGAUCAUGGGAAGAACAUUAAAACUCCUUACAACAGCAAUAGAAAUGAACCCAGGUGACUGGGGCUGUAACAGAGUUACACCAACCACUAUGCUACCACGGCAUCCCCAAAUAAGCAACUUCCUUAAUUCCCUUCAUAAGUUCUUUCAUUGCUGUCUGUGUCCAUAUUUGGCAUUGUUAAUCUUUUUGUUACAGAUUUUUAAAAGCUCUUACAGUCCAUUUUAUGCUUCUACCUUCCUUUAUCAAUUUCUUAAUCCUCCUUUGCAGAGUUCUAAAAUGCUCACAUCUCAGGUUUACUGUUAAUUCUGCUGCCUUCAUAAACAUUUUCCUUACAGGAGGAAAAACAACCCUUUAAAUUAUUUGUUUCAAAUGUUACGGUUUUUAAAUUUCUGAAUAACAUCAACAUAUAGAGUUAAGAGGCAGUUUUAGCAGCAGCACACCCAGGUUUAUCUUCUGUCAAUCAGGUCUGACAGGAUGUCUUACAGGUGGGGCCUUCAAGAUUCUGAGGGUAGUUAAUCUCUUCAAAGUAUACUUUUGCAUAAUCUUACUUAAAGUACAGUAGCUCAAAAUGACAAAUUGUACUGGGAAAAGAAUAGUAUAUUGUCCAUGUUUUUGGUAAAUGAAAUAAUUUUUGAUGUCAAAAAUCUGGGUAAAUGAAAUAUUCUUUUGAUACAAGAAAACUUUUGAAAUCUGCCUAAUUUUGAUCCUGUGGGAAAAUUGCAACAAUAAGUUGCUAAACUGUCUCUGGAAGAGCCAAAGACAAUCUGAUUGCAUCAUUGUGUCUGUGCAACUGUGGCUUCCACUCAAGGAUAAGAAAACUUCUAACUAUAGAAUUUUUAUUGUUCAAAGAUGCUUGCAUUCAAAGCUACUGAAUAAUAUGCCGGAAUCAACAGGACCUGUGGUUUUUAAAAAAUCAGAUUAGCUUUGAAGUACAGGUUUUCAUGUUACAUCUGGAGUCAAAUAGCCAAUUGGUCCAAAUUGUAAAAUGAUUGCAAACCUCUAAGCAAUGUGUGAUACUAACCUGACCUGACCGAUACACGUAGAUUACCACUGUCUGUACUUCUGCUAUAAUUUAGUAUUUCUACACAUAAUUUUUUAUGAGAAUGUAGAAAAUGUUAUUAAAUAUCUUCACUUCUGCAGAUAUUUAUGAUGAUCAGGAACCUGACCUGAUGGCGCUGGUGAUGUACAGUGACAUUUUAUGGGCAGCAUACAAAACUACUAGACACUCUGCUAGAUACUGCAGCCUGUAAUUUCCCUUAAAGAAAUGCACUUUUGAACUGUUGAUGUGACUAGUGAUUUUACGAUCUCCUGAAGAAUUUGGAGAUUCUGCAGGUAUGCUGCUCGUCAGGUGCGCCAUCGUUGGGGGUGGUCGCUACGCGAAGAUUAACCCAAUGCUCAGCUCCAUUACUUCAUGCCCAAGAGCAGAAUAUGAACAGGUAGUCAGCACUGUCUGCCUGCAUUUGACCCAUCUCCCUCUAUUCUCACUUCUACCAUCCCGGAAGUGCAGGAGUCUUGAUCCCACACUGCCAGGUUCAGGAGUAGUUGUUACCCUGUGGCCAUUGGGCUCCUGGACCUCCGCGCUGAACUGACUCCACAGUUGUGGACUCACUUCCAGAGACUCUGUAGCUCAAGCUCCAUGUGCUAUCUGUCUGCUUAUUUUCACUAUUUGCACCAAUGGCCCUGUUUUGCACAUUGGGUCUCUGUCAGUCUCUGUCGAGUGCAGUUUUCAUGUAUUCUAUUGUGUUUCUUUGUUUUGCUGGUGUCUGCAAAAAGAUGAACUUAAAGUUUGUAUAUGGUGUACAUUAUUAAUAAAUUUGAAUUUUGAUCUUUGAA